GUUUCCUCAGUCGGGACUCUUGAUAUCUUUCCACCAGAGAUCCUGCUCAUGAUCCUCGACGUGCUGGACGUCCAAUCCAUUGCACGUCUCUCAAUGGCUUGCUUUCGAGCUCGCACUGUCGUCUGGUCGAUGCUCGCCUACAGAGAUCUGAUAGAGUUUGCGUUGCCGACCAUGGUAGCCCUGGUCAGAACUGGCAUGGCAUCUUACCAUUCUAUCACGCAGCUACAUGGAGCUCUCCGAUCCGAGCAAUGCUGUACUUGCUCAGAGUAUGGCCCGUUUCUCUUCUUGCCGACCUGCAGCAGGUGCUGUUACACUUGCCUCCAGUUCCGCCCUUGCUUCUUGAUGCUUGAGCCAGAGGAAGUGGAGAAUUACUUUGCCCUCUCGCGGUACCAGGUUGACAAGCUACCAAUGUUUUGGGUCGUCCCUGAGUUCUACGACCCGAACCACUCCGGUCUUUUGAGAAAGCAAGAUUACACACUUGUCAACGUUCUGGCUGCAAGGGAGCUCAGUGUCGAGGUGCAUGGGUCAUUAGGCAAGACGCACGUACGCCCGCUUCACGAUACGGACCACUUCAGAUAUCAUGCAGUGGGCAGGUUUCUAUUGUCACAACCACUGGCACCGUACGACGACGACUGCAUCGAAGAUGUGUAUUUCGAAGAACCAGACGAGUUCUUCGGCCGUGCCGUAAUGGAAUUCCCCUCUCUCUCAAAAACGGGCGAACUCGAUGAAGGCCUAUGGUGCCUGGGCUGUGAGCCCACUAAGCUGCCCAUUGACCCCCCCCCCCCCGUUAACGCUAAAUCUCGCCCUUGGGACCGAGCUUGGUCAACUGUGUCUUUUCUAGAACACGUCAAGCGUUGCCCAGGCGCGCGCGAACUGCUU